AUGCCCUACACUUCAGCGCAGUUCGACAAAGCCGUCGCAAUGUCAGUACCUUUCCUCUGUAGUCAUCUUGCUGUCGCAUGCCGAUCGCUUACAUCGGCCACCUUCUUGCUGUGCUCUGUCUGUGCUCGCUCUCAUCCUCCCCAUCCUGCCCUACGCCAUCGCCAUCGCCAUCGCGUUCGCUGUCGCCGUGGGCGUCUUGUCGCCUGAUCGAUCGAUCGCUCGCGCCGGCGUAGUGUCGGCCAAUUGCCCAAGGAUGGACCCGUGAAGCCCUCUCAAGCCGAUCAGCUCGUUGUGAGUCUCGCUACCCCGGGGCGCGCGUCAUGCGCUGGAGUGGGGAGCAUGCGAUGGCGGUUCGACCGGCCGACUUCCUCCCGGGCGACCACCGCUGCGGGCAAGCAAAGAUAGAGGGAGCGCCGAGCUGAGUGAUCGCGAUCAAGGCGCCGAUCUGCUUGCUAUUAUCUCGUGACUCUCCGUCGAACGCUUGCAUGGAUGGACUCGGCGAUGCGAAGAGCUUGUGCACUCGUCCUUGUCCCAAACGGUUGUCCGCCGGCGACGUCUUGUCGUCCGACAAAACACGAGUCAGAACCGGACUCGCUCGCAAUCCUAUCAUGAGACUGGAUUCUAUCUCAUUGGACCGUGAAGGUGGUCGGGCUUGCUUGAUACUAAUGUAAUCGCCGGCUCGAACUCCUCGUACCAGUUUUAUGGCUUGUAUAAGCAAGCGACCGUUGGCGACGUCAACACCUCUCGACCGGGCAUGAUGGACUUUGUGGGCAAGGCCAAAUGGGACGCGUGGAAGAAGAACGAGGGCCUCUCUUUCGACGACGCCAAGUCCAAGUACGUCGAGGCCUUCUUGGACAUUCUGGCCAAGAACGACAACGAGGAGGGAGCAAAGUACAAAGCCGAGGUGAGUUCAUCGGAGAAGGGAAGCAUAUUGCGGAAAGCAGGGGUUGUCAAUGCCCUUGACCCCAUGCGCUAUUGCGAUGCGACGAUGUCUUGGGGCACGAACUACUGUCGGACGGGCGACCGAGCUCACCAUCGUGGGCUUACUGUCACUCCUCAGAUCGAGUCCGCUUGA